AUGGCCAGUCCUCCCGUACUUGCUUUCGAUGCUGAGGGCCGCCCAGUGAAAUUUGACACCUGGCUAGAUGACCUGCACCUCUUCCUACAGCUCACUGCCAAGGAGGAUAUUUCGCUGUACGAUCAUGCCCUCGGUCACGCUACUGCCCCUCCUACCACUGCAGACAGCACUCAGCGCUCACAGUGGCAGACUCGUGACGCCCACGCUCGCUUCGCUAUUCGCAACUCCCUGCCACUAGAUGAGCGCGAGCACUUUGGCCAGCACAAGACUGCUAAGGACCUGUACACUGCUGUCGUUGCUCGUUACUCCUCACCUGCCUCUGCCGCACUAGGCCGCCUCACCCUCCCAUACCUGUUCCCCGACCUGGCCUCCUUCAGCACAGUCGCUGACCUCAUCACCCACCUCAGGACCAGUGAGGCCCGCUUUCGCGCUGCUAUGCCUGACGAGUUCCUUGCCACCAACCCCCCCCCCCCGCUCUGGAUCACACUCUACCACAUCGUCACCCGCCUCCCUGACUCUCUGCGCGCAGCACCUCUCGUGGCGACCCCCGCACCCCGUUCUUUGAGGGGUGUUCCCCUUCCCCUCUCCUCCCCUCUGUCGCCUCUGCUGCUGCUGUCGACCUCCUUGGUGCUGAGAAGGUCGGGGCUGCGUCUGCUCCGAGCGGGCGCCGCAGGGGCAAAGGGGGCAAGGGUGGAGGUGGCGGCGGGGGAGGCGGGAGUGGUGGCGGUGGGGGUGGCGGUGGGACUGGAGAGGCUAGUGGCGGCAGUGGGGGUGGUGACAGCAGCGGCGGGAGCGGUGGCAGGGGCGGAGGCGGCAGCGGAGGCGGAGGUGGUCGUGGCGGCGGCAGGGGUGGAGGUGGCCGGGGCGGUGGCGGCGGCGGUGGUGGUCGUGGAGGCGCUGGCGGUGGACAGAGUCAGCAGCCCGCCCCGUCGCUUCAGGCCGCCCGUGAGUGGUAUGCACAGCGUGGCUUUACCUGCACGUACGUCAUUCGCACUGUUUCCUGAUGCCACUGACCUGCCCCACUGGGCUGAUCUGGAGAAGAAGGGAGUUGAUAUCUGGGCUUUAGACUUUGAUGCUAUUCUCACUGCCAUGUAUGCGAUGUUUACUAGUGGAGAGGGUGCUCAGUACUUGCGUGUUCCGCCCGACCCGGGCAUUCUGACCAGUCCGGCUGCCGCUCUAGGUGCUAGUGAGUCUGCUGCCCCAGGUCCUGGUGAGGCUGCUGCUCUAGGUGCUAGUGAGUCCGUGCCCUCUGGUACUGAGUCGACUGCAGCACUGCACACCUUCACACUGGACUCAGGUGCUUCUCGCUGUUUCUUUCGUGACCGCACUGUCCUUGAGCCGCUUGCUCGGCCAGUUGCUGUCUCCCUCGCUGACCCCUCUGGGGGUCCGGUCGUUGCGACCUCCUCCACUGUCCUUCCUUGUCCUGCGGUCCCGUCAGGCACACUGUCAGGCCUCUACCUCCCCUCGUUCUCCACGAACUUGGUGGCAGGUAGUGCGCUCCAGGACGGGGGUGUUCACCAGUUCACCCCUGCGUACGAGCGCGUGACCCACUGCACGUGUGCUCGGACGGGCCGUCACCUGGCUACCUUCACUCGGCAGCCGGGUGGUGCUCCUGGUGCUGCGGACCCUGGGGGUGGCGCUGCUGCUGGUGCUGAGGACCCGGGCGUUGGAGCUGCUGCUGGUGCUGCGGACCCGAGCGGUGGCGCGGCUGCUGGUGCUGAGGACCCGGGCGUUGGCGCUACUGCUGGAGCUGAGGACCCGGACGGUGGAGCUGCUGCUGGUGCUGAGGACCCGAGCGGUGGCGCUGCUGCUGGUGCUGAGGACCCGGGCGUUGGAGCUACUGCUGGAGCUGAGCACCCGGACGGUGGAGCUGCUGCUGGUGCUGAGGACCCGAGCGGUGGAGCUGCUGCUGGUGCUGAGGACCCGGACGUUGGAGCUGCUGCUGGUGCUGAGGACCCUGUCGCUGGUGUCCCUGCUGGUUCUGGAGACGCUACGCGACCGCGACCGUACUUCGUACCACUUCUUCAGCAGGUUCUUGGUCAGGCUCCUCCUCCUUGUCCUCCUUCCUCCGUAGAGUGUCCUCCGCCUGUCCAGUCACAGUCACAGUUCCCGCCUGCCUCGCCUCUCCCUGCUCCCUCUCCUUACACUGGUCCCACGGGAGGUCUUACAGAGCGUCGUGAGCCUGAGUCUCGUCCUGCGUCGCCUGUUCGUACUGCUCGCACUGGUCGUCGUGUCCCACGUGAGCGUCCUCCUCCUGUCCCUGGCACUCACUACAUGACUCUGCGUCCCUCCACUGCUCCUCAGCGUGUUCCGCUGCCGUCUCCUCCUGCGUCCUCUCUGCCUACUCUUCCUGAUCCGGAGUCUGACUCCCGUCGUGCUGCCAGUCCCACUGUCACCCGUCUCCUCGCUACUGUUGUCACUGACCCUACCUUUGAGUCCUCUGCUGCGUCUGCUCUGGUCGCUGAGCUGAUAGACUUUGCUGCCCGGUGUCGUCUAGACUACGCCACUAGCCUUGUUGCUGAGUCUGAGUCUGAGUCUGUCUGUCCUCCGUCCGUCGGGGGUGAGUGUGCUCUUGGCACGGACGUCCUUGAGGACAGACAGGAGGAGUUCCAGUGCUUUGCUGCUGCUUUACCCCACCUCGUGUCCAUGCUAGUUGCCCCUGAGGGAGACCCGGAUGCACCAGACAUCCCGACCCCGCGCACUUACGCUGAGGCGAUGGCGGGUCCCUACUCCUCUCAGGUGAAGCGGCCACCGGGUUCUCCUCCGGUCUUCAAGGCGCGCUACGUGGCUCGAGGCUUCAGUCAGCGAGAGGGAGUUGACUUCUUCCAGACCUUCUCCCCCACCCCGAAGAUGACCACUCUUCGGGUGCUGCUGCACAUAGCCGCUCAGCGCGACUACGAGCUUCACUCGCUUGACUUCAGCACUGCUUUCUUGCAGGGCAGCCUGCACGAGGAGAUCUGGCUGCGCCGCCCUCCUGGCUUCACUGGGUCGGUUCCUCCUGGUACCCAGUGGAGGCUUCAGCGGCCGGUCUACGGUCUCCGCCAGGCACCACGUGAGUGGCACGACACACUGAGGACGACACUUGCGGCUCUUGGGUUCGCUCCCUCUACUGCUGACCCGUCACUGUUUCUACGCACAGACACCUCACUGCUGCCGUUCUACAUCCUCGUGUACGUCGACGACUUGGUCUUUGCCACUGCUGACACCGCGGCACUCGCCCACGUGAAGUCGGAGCUGCAGAGGAGACACACGUGCACAGACCUGGGUGAACUGACAAGCUAUCUUGGCUUGCGGAUCACCCGGGACAGAGCACGGCGCACCAUCACCUUGACUCAGUCACACAUGGUGCAGCAGAUCCUUCAGCGCUUCCGCUUCACGUACUCCUCGCCUCAGUCCACUCCUCUGCCUACCGGUCACUCGCUCUCAGCUCUGCCUUCGGAUGAGUCCGUAGAGCCGAGUGGCCCGAAGGAGCACAUGGAUGCCGCUAAGAGGGUGUUGCGCUACUUGUGCAGUACGUCGGGCAUGGGGCUAGUGCUUGGAGGGCGAGACCGAGUUGUACUUACUGGACACUCAGACGCUUCUUGGGCGGACGACCAGGCUACUCAGCGGUCGUCUCAGGGUUACACCUUCAGCCUUGGCUCCGGCUCAGUUUCUUGGCGUUCUACACGCUCUUCUUCUGUUCUCAGCUCCAGUUGUGAGGCUGAGAUCUACGCCACAGCCAUGGCUGCCCAGGAGCUACGCUGGCUGACCUACCUGCUGACCGACUUGGGAGAGCGGCCUCGUUCUCCUCCAGUGCUGUACGUCGACAACCAGGCUGCCAUUGCCUUGUGUGAGGAGCACAGACUGGAGCACAGAACGAAGCACAUCGCCCUACGGUACUUCCUUGCUCGAGAGCUGCAGCAGCGUGGUCAGCUUCGUCUGUGUUACGUGGCCACUGAGGCCAACCUUGCGGAUGUGUUCACCAAGGCGCUUCAGCCUUGUGACCAUCAGCGUUUCUGUACUCUUCUAGGCCUUGUGCCUGCUGGACCCCACUUGCUUACUUCUUGA